GUAGGGGACCGAGUUAUCGAUGUGGGAUCUGAAUGGAGAACUUUCAGCAAUGACAAAGCAACAAAAGACCCAUCUCGAGUUGGAGACUCUCAGAAUCCUCUUCUGAGUGAUGGAGAUUUGUCCACCAUGAUUGGCAAGGGUACAGGAGCUGCAAAUUUUGAUGAGUUUGGCAAUUCUAAGUAUCAGAAUCGGAGAACAAUGAGUAGCUCUGACAGAGCGAUGAUGAAUGCAUUCAAGGAAAUCACAACCAUGGCAGACAGAAUCAACCUCCCUCGCAAUAUAGUUGAUCGAACAAAUAAUUUAUUCAAGCAAGUAUAUGAGCAGAAGAGCCUGAAGGGAAGAGCUAAUGACGCGAUAGCUUCUGCUUGUCUGUACAUUGCCUGUAGACAAGAAGGCGUCCCGAGGACAUUUAAAGAAAUAUGUGCUGUAUCUCGAAUUUCUAAGAAAGAAAUUGGCCGCUGUUUUAAACUGAUUUUGAAAGCUUUGGAAACCAGCGUGGAUCUGAUCACAACUGGGGACUUCAUGUCAAGGUUCUGCUCCAAUCUUUGCCUCCCCAAGCAAGUGCAGAUGGCAGCCACACACAUAGCUCGCAAGGCAGUGGAGCUGGACUUGGUUCCUGGCAGAAGCCCGAUUUCUGUGGCGGCAGCAGCUAUUUACAUGGCUUCCCAAGCAUCAGCUGAGAAGCGGACACAGAAAGAAAUUGGAGAUAUCGCUGGUGUUGCUGAUGUUACAAUCAGACAGUCCUACAGACUGAUCUACCCUCGGGCUCCAGAUCUCUUCCCUCCAGACUUCAACUUUGACACCCCAGUGGACAAAUUACCUCAGCUCUAAGCUGAGACAGCUGUCAUGCUCUUAUGUACAUGGGAAUUUACUCAUUGCCUAUACAGUGCUGGUUGAGCCUUUACUGAAGAAAAAAGGAGAUGAUACGCAUUCCAGAGCUAAAUAUUAUUGCUUCGCAUUCUGUAUGUAUAUACUUAGCACAACAUAUUUAAUGAUUUAAAUUUCUUACUGAAUCUGCUUUCUUUUUUAGUGAUCUAGGAAACAGUAUUUUGGAAGAUAU